GCGAAACGAAUUUUGAUGAGAGGUGAUUGUAAGAGGCUUACUUUUGCUGUUGGAAGUGUAUUGUGUGUACCUGUGGUUUUCACGUCGAGAGUGCUUCUUAAGGAAGUAUGGGACCAAUGAAAGUUCUCAAGGAUCUAAUAGAAGGUUUGAAAAGGCAUAUCUUACUAUAGCGUAUAGGGAAAAAAAUAUUAAGAGGCUAAAAUCUAGUGCGGCUCUAAGGGCUAAUAAGGCUAGAUGAUUGGCUUCUAAGUAAGGAUAAAUAAAAUGAUAAAAAUACUAAAAAAGGAAGAAGUAGGGGGUUAUGGAGAAGUGGAGUCCUGGUGACGUCGAUGGCUGUGAUCAACAAAUCACAAAGAUAUUGGAACCCUUUAUCUGUAUAGCGGAGUCUGAGGAGGGUUGUUUGGAGCAAGGUUGAGGUUAAUGAUCCGAAUGCAACUGGGGCAUCCUGGAGCAGUGUUCUUAAAAAGAGAUUGAUUCUAUAAUGUGGUGGUUACAACGCAUGCCUUAAUAAUAAUUUUUUUUGCUGUGAUACCUAUCUUAAUUGGAGCUUUCGGUAAUUGGUUGAUUCCUCUGCUAGUAGGAGGUAAAGAUAUAAUUUACCCGCGAAUAAACAACUUAAGUUAUUGACUAUCUCCUAAUGCACUAUAUUUACUAAUACUGUCCUUUAGAACGGAUAAAGGAGUUGGUGCUGGAUGAACUAUUUACCCCCCUUUAUCUGUGUACCCCUAUCAUAGGGGCCCUAGGAUGGAUGUUCUUAUUGUGUCACUACAUCUAGCUGGGCUCAGCUCUCUAGUGGGGGCUAUUAACUUUGCUAGGACCAAUAAAAAUAUGCCAGUGUUAGAAAUGAAAGGAGAACGAGCGGAGCUUUAUGUUUUAAGGAUUAGAGUUACUGCAGUUCUUUUAAUUAUUUCAAUUCCGGUUCUAGGAGGGGGCAUCACAAUAAUCUUGUUUGACCGAAACUUUAACACAACUUUUUUCGAUCCCGCAGGAGGGGGGGACCCCGUUUUGUUCCAACAUUUGUUUUGAUUUUUUGGGCAUCCGGAAGUGUAUAUUCUUAUUCUACCUGCCUUUGGUGUGAUAUCAAAAGUAAUUAUGCAUUGCUCUGGAAAAGAAGCGGUUUUUGGUCUAAUUGGGAUAGUAUACGCAAUAAUCGGAAUUGGAGGGUUAGGGUGUAUGGUGUGGGCUCACCACAUGUUUACCGUAGGUCUUAAUGUUGAUACUCGAGGCUAUUUUUCUACCGCAACUAUAGUAAUCGCUGUUCCAACAGGGGUGAAAGUAUUCAGAUGACUGGCAACUAUAGCAGGAAGAAAAUUCAAAAUAAAGCCUGCCGCCUACUGAAGUACUGGGUUUCUGUUUUUAUUCACCGUGGGAGGGCUAACAGGGGUCUUACUGUCUAGGGCUUCUAUGGAUGUGUCUCUACACGACACAUAUUAUGUGGUGGCUCAUUUCCAUUAUGUGCUAAGAAUAGGGGCGGUGUUUGGGGUGUUCUGUGGUCUUAACCAUUGGUUGCCAAAUUUUGUUGGAGUAUGCUUUAAUAAGAAAUGGAGGAAAGCCCAUUUUAUAGCAAUAUUUUUUGGGGUAAAUACUACCUUCUUUCCUCAGCAUUUCUUAGGCCUAAGAGGAAUGCCUCGACGGUAUAUAGACUACGCUGAUAUUUAUGCUCACUGACAUUGGGUGUCUUCUUAUGGGUCCGCUGUGUCUUUUGGGUCUCUAAUAUAUUUUAAGUUCCUUCUAUGAGAGGCUCUAGUAAGCCAGCGAGGGGUUGUAUUUAGUGGGGGUUUAUGUGGUGAAAUAGACUGAGCAGGUACCCGAGACCUUUAUCCAGGAAGGAAGCAUGUUUAUAGCCAAUUGCCAUUUGUGUGAACUAACCCUUAUAACACGUGUAUCACUUAUAUUUAUAAGAAAUCGCGUAAUCAAUAA